AUGGGCAUCCAUGCUGUUAGCGUCAUGCUAGAGGCUCUCAAUAGAGAUGCCCAACAUGCUACUAUCGCCAAGUUCAUUCAAAAUGAACUUGACGCUGAACGCGAGAAAGUAGCCUUGCUUCACCAACAAGGUUCUCAACAAGCAGAGUUGUUGAGAGAACAGGGUGCUCAACAGUUUGAACUGUUGAGACAGCAGCAGGCUGCUGCUGGUGGGUCGAUGCACUCGCGUCGACCCGAGGCCUUGAAGAUUGACAUCUCCAAACGACGUCAUAAGGGCGCGUCGCAUCGACGACGGGAUAUGCGAGUUGCAUUUGCCCAGUCAAAUCUGGCAGGACGUGCCAAGACUUGGGCUUUGGGACUCAAGUUGCACGACCCAUAUGCGUUUGGGUCGUUAGAAGUCUUUAAGUCGCGGCUCAGACAAACUUUGUCUUCGACCCGAGGCCUUGAAGAUUGA